CAUCAACAACUACACUCAAUUCAUCAACGGCGAUGUGUCUGUUGUCUGGUUCGUUAUCGUUGGUUGACUUAUUGGUCGCGUUAUCUGCCGUAGCCUCAACCUGCGUCUUGUCAGAGAAGGGUCUGGCACUGGAUUACCGGUACUUACCGGAGUAUCGGAUGGGGGGCCCUGGUCAGGGCAGUCAGUCCCGCUGGCGCUGGCGGUAUCCGGAGCCGGAUGGGCCGCUUCCGGGACAGCUUCAUUCAGGUUGGCCUAUUCGGUUCUUCUAUCAGCCCAGUCUCCGGGAACUUCAGCUAACACAGUGGACUCACCGCGGAGUUUAGAGGAGCUUGGUGGUAUGACGU